AUGACUCAAGUUUCCCCGACAGAGCUGUUAGAACGAGCUAACGGUCUGGGUGAGUCAUACCGAAGAAUACGUGCAAACGAGUCGAUGUGGAAAAGUCCAAGAUAUGACACCGUAAACUUACAUGAUUUCAGUACCGAAUUGCUAAGUCUCGAUCCACCGAAUCCGGACGCUGUUAGUAUUGAAAAUAUUUCUGAAGCCUUCAGAUCGAGCAGUGAAAUUAUUCAUGAAGCUGCUCGUAGGAACAGAUGUGGACGUCUCGACCAGCAGAAAGAAACGUGGGACAGAACGUUGCCGCGCUGGAGAAGGAUAUUAGAAACAAAUGAUGCUAAGUUCAUAUGGAAGGCCAUUAACUGGUCAGGGAAUAUUGAUACGCACGAACACAGACAACCUGAAGACGAUCAACUAAAGACCCAUUUCGAGAGCUUGUUAAAUAAUGAGUGUCACACUAAUAGUAUUCGCACUGUAUGUAUAGAUGACUCGACUCCAACGAUACCCGUAUUAGACGAACCUUUCACUGUACAAGAAUUAGAUAAAGUACUCAAGGAUGUGAAUGUUAGAAAAAGUUAUGUUGGUAUUUGUCCAGGAAUUAUGAGAGCUUUACCUGUUGACUGGAUCAUGUUCUUUUUACAUAUGUUUAACGUUGUUUUUCUUAAUGUGUGUUAUCCAGUUUCAUGGAGUUGUAGCAAACUUUUUGUACUCUUCAAAGGAGGUAAAGACAGACUUGAAUGUGGAAACUACAGAGGCAUAUCCAUUAUGAAUACAUUGGCAAAAUUGUAUGAUUACUUAAUUUUGAACAGAUUAAAACUAUGGACAAGUAUUGAUAAAUGUCAAGCAGGUGCUCAAAGCGGUCGAGGAUGUGUCGAACAAAUAAUGACGUUAAGAUUAUUAUGUGACCUGGCUAAUUAUAAGAAAAAGAAGCUGUAUAUGUUAUUCAUAGAUUACAGCAAAGCAUAUGAUAGAGUGCCUCGAGGUAAAUUGCUUGAAUUGCUUAAAUCACGUGGUUGUGGUAAGGUUAUGUUGCGUGCUAUACAAGCUAUGUAUUCCUGUACUCAAAGUGUGUUACGUUCUGCAACUAUUGAUGCCACUGUUGGAGUCCGCCAAGGAUCUCCAUCGAGUUGUCUCUUAUUCACCAUAUACAUGGAUGAGGUGGUUAGGAUGAUAAACAGGUGUGUAGAUACAGAUGGAUUCUUGGGGAAACUACAUACGCUCCUUCUUAUGGAUGACAUGGUAAUACUAGCUACUUCUAAAGAAAUGUGUGUGAGAAAGUUAACCGCAGUGUUGGAUUAUUGCCAAGAAUAUGGAAUGGUACUUAAUGAAAAGAAAACAAAACUUAUGGUAGUGCGAGGUACAGAUGAAGACAGAUUGCCAUUAACUGUUCGUAACAUCAAGAUAGACUGUGUUCAUAAGUAUCUUUACCUUGGGGCAUGGAUUUGUGAUGAUGCAAAGAUGAACACAGUAUUGGACCUUCACGAAACCGUGAAUGAGAUGCAACUCAAUAAAUCUGCAAUUUUUUGUGCAGCAAAUAACAUUAUGCCAUAUACAUACAAGCGCAAAGUAUUUGAUGCUGCUGUCACUUCUGCCCUUCUUUAUAGCUCAGAAACAUGGUUGACAAAUAAUCCUAGAAAGAUAAUUGUUCAAUACAAUAGAGCAGUAAGGAACUUGCUAAGGGUAAGGAAAUUUACAAGCCCCGACAUGUGUCUUAUUGAAUCAGGUAUUCCACCUGUACUUGAUGUCAUAGCAAAAAGGAGAAGGAAAUUUCUAGAAUCAAAGUUAAGGGAACCGAACGUUGAAGAACCAUUCUAUGUUGCAUUUGAGUUGUGCAGAGUAGCUAAUACUCCAGGGUAUCAAUUUGUGAUGAAAGCACUACAGUAUAGAGAUAACGUAAAUCCACUGGAUAUAGUCAAAAUAAUAAUGCUCUGCUAA